GCUUUGGCGGGCAACCUUUUGCGUCAACGAUCACCCUUCCUCCGUCCCGCUAGGCUUCUCAAAACUCAGACCCAGCAAUAUAUAUAUUUAUACAUAUAUUUGUCACUCAUCCUCCCUCCCCCUCUCCUUUUCAAAGGCAUGCGCGGCAACGUUUACGUCCACAAGCCGUACUUGGGCACCAACACCGCCUCUCUCAAGGAUUCGAAUGACCCAGCUCCGGACUUCGUCAACUGGAAACUGGCGCUGGACGGCGCGGUACAUCGCGGCAGCUACAGCACGGGCAGUCACAGCAGAAGCAGAGCCAGGACACCCUCGCAGGGACACAGUGCUCGCGCAGAGCGGAUGCCACAGCGUGCCGCGCCACCACCACUGCCACAGCCUCGCUUCACCGCACGCAAGUCGCAAGUGACGCCACAGCCGCAACUUCGCACCGGCCCUCUUUCUCUUGCGCCGUGGGAGGCGAAGGCAGUGCAGGUGUACCGGGGCCUACGCCGCUGCCGCCGGCAGUACGGGACCACGGCGCCCUCCUUCUCCACGAGCGACGUACGAGUGGCCUCGCCAGGGAACGCAUGGAGAGAGCAGCCACAAGAGGAAGUGCAGGAGGCAGCAAGUGAGUCUGUCGUGGCUCCUUCGCUUGUGCCGAUGAUCGCGUCUGCGCUUGACACCUGUGCGCAGUGGGAGCCAUGCCGGGUGCGCGAGGUGUGUUGUCCGGAUCAUCCCACCGGGUCCUGCUACGUACCGCCAGCGCUGAUGCUGCAGUACUUCUUGCGCAUUGGUUACCCUCUGCAAGUGAGUCGAGUCGAUCCUGCGUUUCGCGCGCAAACCAUGGCCGACCGUGGAGCCCAGACCUACACCGCCCUCCUCAUCUCGGCAGCGCAGCAAACUGUGCGUUGGUUUCACGGCGGAGGUACGAUGGACGACACGCCGGAUGCCUCUCCGCCGUCGCUGGACUUUUUACCCAGUGUGCUGGGACAAAUGGUGAUGUCACAUCACAUGUCGGUGCGCACAGCCGCCAUCUGGGUGGUGCGGGUGUGCGUGGGCUUCAUGACGGCCGAGAGCAACCGGCUUGCGGAGGAGCGACACUUGCGCGACGGCAAGUCGAGGUCCACUGUGCCCGACUGGCCGCUUUCGCAGACGUGCAUGGAGAACAUCCGCCUGCUAGCACAGGUUAUGCGAGACGCGGUGUAUCGACUACAAGGCAACGCGCUGCCCACGGUGCGGCUGGAUGAGCGGGUGCCGACGCGCCACGGCCUGCGCCUACACGUCGGGGAGGAGGAAGACGAAGAGGACGGCAGCAGCGGCAACAGCGACGACGGCGGAGCACCUGAGGUGAGCGAAUAUGCCGCCGGGGGUAUGCCGCCCUCAACGACGCGUGAGGGGGAGGAUGAUGAAUGGAAGUACUUUCACCUCCUGGUGCUGCAGCAGGCCGUCUCACUGCUCGUGCGCGGCUGCCUCAUCGACCCGCCACCCGCCUCAAGCGAGCGCACUGGAGGCCGCAGCGACGAUCGCGACGGAGGUGAGGCGAUGCGCUCGGAUAUUCCUGCCCUGCCGCCGCCCGCCGCGCCUGACGCCGCUCUCCUCCCUCUUCCUUCCUCAUCGUGCGCCGUCCUCCAAGGCUUGAGGCAACUCAUCUUUUUCAUUCGGGCGCAGUACAACCUCUACGCCCCUGAUCGCCUGUACUGCCGCACCGACUUGGAUGGAAGGAGCGCCUUCUUCGCGCCCGUCUACCCAAACGGCCCCACGCCGCCGUGGCCAGAACUGAACUCGGAGAAACGUGUACUGCACCGCAUCGAGAAGCAGUGGGUGGCCUUUGCGGAGGCCACGGUGCCGCGUGUGAGUAACAUCCUCACCACCAACAACUACCGCUACAUUCCGGCGAUCGCUGGAGCGCUCAGCAUCCGUUAG